CUUCUUUUGCCACUUUGUUCCCUUCCCUUCUCUCUCGCGUUUCAUGUUCUCUCCUCUUUGCCUUUUGGGGCUACAUCUCUUCCUCUUGAUUGCAAGAUCGUAAGAGAGAGAGGAGAGAGAGAGGGAGAGAGAGCUUGUUAUGGGGUGUUUCAGAUGCAGUGGAAAAGCAGUGAAGGAGCUGGAGGACGUGAACAGAAGCAGCACCACCCCCAGCAGCAGCAGCAGCAACAACAACAACAACAACAUCGUCAACAGCGACAACCAUCGUUGUCCCACGAAGAAAGCGGAAGAUCGAGCUGCUCCGGAGACUGCGAAGGUCGAUGGUUGCGGAAAUGCGAAAGAAUCUGAUGUGGAGAGACACGAGGUUGCAAAGGAAGAUGACCAACUGAACAUAGAUGUGAAGGAUUUGGAUUUGAGGGAUAUCUAUAAGGAUGCAAAAGCUAAUGGAAAACGGGCUCAGACAUUCACGUUCGAUCAACUUGCAGCUGCCACGGACAAUUUCAGAUCGGAUUGCUUCGUGGGUGAAGGUGGCUUUGGCAAAGUGUAUAAGGGGCAUCUAGAGGGAACUGACCAGGCAGUAGCAAUCAAGCAACUUGAUCGAAAUGGACUUCAAGGCACAAAGGAGUUCAUUGUCGAAGUAACGAUGCUAAGUCUGGUUGAUCACCCUAACCUUGUGAAAUUAAUUGGCUUUUGUGCAGAGAGAGAUCAGAAGCUGUUGGUGUACGAAUAUAUGCCGUUAGGAUCACUAGAAACCCAUUUGCAUGACCUUCCGCCAACUAGACAAGGACUUGAUUGGAAUACAAGAAUGAAAAUAGCAGCUGGAGCAGCAAAAGGUCUUGAGUAUUUGCACGACAAAUUGAAGCCUCCUAUUAUAUACCGUGAUUUGAAAUGUUCAAACAUUUUGCUCGGCGAUGGAUAUCACCCUAAGUUAUCUGAUUUUGGCUUAGCCAAGGUGGGUCCAAGUGGGGAUAGGACCCACGUGUCAACCAGGGUUAUGGGCACCUAUGGCUACUGUGCACCAGAUUAUGCAAUGACAGGCCAGUUGACAUUCAAAUCAGAUAUCUACAGCUUUGGAGUUGUUCUUCUGGAGCUGAUUACAGGAAGAAAAGCUUUUGAUCCCAUGAAAGAGUCCAAGGACCAGUACCUUGUUGCUUGGGCACGUCCCCUUUUCCGGGAUAGGAAAAAAUUUGCCCAGAUGGCUGACCCAACACUUGAAGGCCUGUAUCCUGUAAGAGGCUUGUACCAAGCGCUAGCCAUUGCUGCGAUGUGCGUACAAGAGCAACCCACCGUGAGGCCAGUCAUAGGUGAUGUAGUCACUGCACUGAAUUACCUUGCCUCUCAGAAGUACGACCCGAGUGCCCAACCUGCGCAAAUCUCUGGGAAGGCCGCCAGCGGUUCUUCUUCUAGAACGAGAAGGGAGGACAGAGUAAGCGCCGACGACGAUCCAGUCUAUUCAUCUUAUGGGUACCAAAACUAGGAAUACUGCAUGACUUUUGGUGGUGUUCAUAUAUGAAAAUGCCGACUUGUCGGUCUUCAUGUGGCAUGCAUAUUACGUUUGACACUUAAUCCUUGACUUCAAUUCAGGUAACCCUGUACCUUCCGAACUCCACUUCACCCCGUGUACAUGCGAGCUGAGUUUUGUAAGUAAGAUGCCUCUGAAGAAACUAGCUGUUUGUACCCUUCCAUUUAGUGGGAAAAAAAAAAAAAAAGCCUCUAUUCUUUCCUUACAUUGUUUUGCCAUGAUCUGAGACACCUUGUGCUGAAAAUUUUAGUCCAGACACCGAGAGAUUAAUAUUCCACCAGUUGGUACUUGGUAGUUUGCUA